AUGUUUGAAAUCCUACCAUAUGCUAUGCUUAUCAGUGGUGCCAUUAGUUUUAUAAUACUUAUCUCAGGAUUUAAAGCAGCUUAUGGACGAUAUUCUGGGCAGUCCCAUAUACUGAUACCAUUAAUACCAGCUAAAUGGGCUUGGUUUAUACAAGAAUUGCCUUCAUUAUGCAUUCCUCUUUAUUACCUUAUUAUCGGCAUUAUUGAUUUGCCUCUUAUCAAUGCAUUUAUCCUUAUCUUAUUCUGUUUACAUUAUAUUAAUAGAACACUUAUUUAUCCAUUCUUGAUUAAACAAGGUACAGGAACACCUGCGCAUAUCUUCCUACUUUGUCUUCUAUUUUGUACAGUUAAUGGUUAUAUGCAAGGCAAAUGGCAUUCUUGUAAUAAUGUUGUUUACAACGAAUCACCGAUGAACACUUUAUUUUGUUUCAUUGGUACAUCGACAUUUAUUAUUGGAAUGAUAAUUAAUAUUACAUCCGAUUCAAUACUACGAAAUUUACGAAAAGAUGGAAAAUCAAAUUAUAAGAUACCUUACGGUGGUUUAUUCGAAUAUAUCUCGGGAGCAAAUUUUUUUGGAGAAUGUAUCGAAUGGAUUGGUUAUGCGUUAUUAGCACGCACACCACCCGCUUUUGCAUUCGCAUUUUCCACAUUAUGCAACCUUGCACCACGCGCAUAUCAUCAUCAUAGGUGGUACCAUGAAAAGUUUGACAAUUAUCCGAAGGAUCGUAAAGCUUUUAUACCAUUUGUUAUUUAG